GAGAGGCUCAUCCUGACGGCUCGCGGCCCCAAGCGCGGGUCCGGGACCGCAGCGGCUCUCAGCGAGGUUGGGGGCGCCCGGAGCGCGGGCUGCGGGCCAUGCCGUCGGGGCGGGCGGCGCUGAGAGAGUGCGGCGCUGCGGGUCCGGGCCGCCGCCGCCGCCGCUCCUGCUGCCUCCAGUGUCGGCUCGCGGAGGACUGAGCCGCCCGAGCCGGAGCUCCCCACAUGCUACUGAUUAACAUACACCAUUACAUCAUGGGCUUGGCAGGGAGCGCCCGAGAGGGGGGGAGAGGAACCCGGGCGGCGGCGGCAGAGGCGGCAAGCGGGGGGAGUCGGGGGAGGAUCCCCGGGCCCGGCCUGCGGCGGGGGUCGGGGGGGCGCGGAUUCCUAAGUGGGGACCAGAAAAGGGGAGGGGAGCGGAGAGGGAGGAGCCGGAUGGCGCAGAGGGGUCGGGUUGGAGGAACGGCCUGGCGGAGGGAAGAAGUUUUGGGAAGGGGAGGGGUCCAAGUGAAUGCCUGCCCUCUGCUGCUUGCGUGUUCCGGAGGGGCCGCGGCGCUCGAGACGCCGGAGUGCGGGCCGGAGGGGACCCAGAGGGCGCUUGAGCGGAGACGGUGCUGCUACCGGCUGCUCGUCCUUGGGAAUGUGGUUCGCCGACUCGGGUGACCCCUCGGCCCAACUGGGGCCCGAGGGUGACAGAGACCUGGGGUCAAGGGCGCUGGAGGCGUGGACGGGUUCCGGGGGUCGAGGACGCGAAGGGCGGAGGAGGCCGAGGGGCAGCACGCAGUGCUGGAAGAGCCUGGACGCCGGACGGCCCGGGUCCGAGGAGCGCGAGAAGUUCCCGGGCUGCUCACCCCUCGCCCGGGUCGGACCUUGGAUGCCCUUUGCUCCUGUGGGCGGCCUCGCGGCUAGCCCCACACCCCUCUCCGGCCUUGCUCUCCCCUGGGGAAGCCGCCUGACUUCUGGGGCCAGCCGGGGAGCUACACCCGGCGCGCGGGCUGCGGCUGCGGCUCCGGCUGUGGGCCUGGAACGGAGAGGAGCGCCGCCCCAAGCGGCAGGGAGGCGGGCGAGGCCACCUGUCAGUGCGUCUGAGUCGCCGGGCUGGGCAGCCUUUAUCUGGCCCUGCAGAGUGCACGAGGCCGAGGCCGGGCAGGGGGCUUCAGAGAUCCUCGCCGCGCACAAGAGGAUGGGGGUGGAGGUGCAGCGCCGAGGCCAAGCAGUUCAGGGAGGGCUGGGAAAGUGCCCUCGGGUAGUCUCAAAAGUAGAGGAUUGGUUAAAAAUACCCUAAAACCUAACAAUCGCUGUGCCUUCUAAUAGUAAUCGAAUAUUCACAGGAGGACUUGAUGACCAAAUCCAGGCUGUCUCUGUGUUUUCAGUGAAAACAGUGAGCCCUGGAACAUUUCUCCAGCAACUUGAGGCUUUCUUUAUGAGUACUUCUGAUAAAUUAGUGAAGCCUAUGCUUCAAAUCCUGCCUCCCCUACUUUGGCUAAUACAGUAUUUCUGAAGAUAAAGUAUCUGAGAUAUUAUUCCACUGAUUUACCACUUCCUUCUUUAACUCCAGCAUAUGUUCCUGGAUUUUCAAUCAUUUCUUCCUUCCGUCCUCAAACCUAGUUUCUGCACCGCUUAGUUCCAGUGAGACAUGUGACAGCACCUAACCAUCUGUUGGGGUAUUGAAAGGUCUUGUGGAGCUGCAAAAAUAUAGGUGUUACCAUUAAAAUAGGGGGACACGGGUUCAAGCCCUGGUCCGGGAAGAUCCUAUAUGCCGGGGAGCAACUAAGCCCAUGCACCACAACUACUGAGCCUGAGAGCCACAAGUACUAAAGCCCGUGCGCCUAGAGCCCGUGCUCUGCAACAAGAGAAGCCACCGCAAUGAAGAGUAGCCUGUGCUCACUGCAACUAGAGAAAGCCCACGUGCAGCAAUGGAGACCCAACGCAGGUAUUAAUUAAUUAAUUAAUUUUUUUUUUUUUUUAAAGAAAAGGUUAGACUUGGGUGACUGAACAGAAGUGCCCAGGAGUGAGGAAAUUUGAAGACUGAUUGAAAGUGAGCCAAACUGGCAUCUGUAUUAGAUAGAACUCUAUCUGUGUAAUAUUUGCCACUGGGAUCUAGUGUGCUUCCUGAAGAGCAGGCACAGCUACAGUAAAGUAGUUUCUGUGUUAAGAAUAUUAUUUAAAAAUAAUUGUAAUGCCUGCUCUCAUAAGGUCUGAAAAUAACUGGCACAUUAUUUGGCACAUAGGAGGUACCUGAUAAGUAUUAGUUUUCCUUCUUUGUAGGUACAAAUUAGAGUAUGUUAAUUUGCCUAAUUUACAUCUUGGGUCUGCCUCACAUAGAAGCAUGCUUUUUCAUUCUUCAAAGACAUGCCCCCUCAAAAGCCAUGUAAAAAGGCCGAGGACAGGAUUGCCAGGGCUUGAAUCAGGAUUCAAGGGGAUGAAGAGAGAGAUGUGGAGGAAGAAACUGCAGGACUGGUGACAGAUGGAAUGUGGGAAGGCUAAAUCAGGAGUCAGGUCUGCUAAGAUAGCAACAGUGAAAGGCAAGCUGGGUGAGGCCCAGGAGCCGUGGCUUAGGGAGACUAAACUUGAGUUCAAAUCUCAUUAGAAGUAGUUCAGAAAUAUCUCAAUGUUGGGAGGGGCACACAUUCAGAUAGGAAGCUGGUGUUCUGUUAGCCCAGGGCAGAGUGCAAAUGGCCAGCACCAAUUUCCUAUACCCCUAGCACGUUUUUAUACUGAUGGGAUCGUGGCUGAUAACUGGCCCAGGGUAAACCUGGCUGGGCGAGCCUCAGGUAAAGCACUGGGACUCUUGAGGAAUCUGCUUUCACUUUUCACUGAAGUUCUUACCACUCUAAGGAUAGUUUUCAAAUUUUCUUCAGUUCUUCAAUUUAGAGAAUUUUUCCAGAAAAAAAGACUUCUUAAGCACAGUUUUAGGUAAAUAGAAUGCCACUACCCAAAUGCCAUAACAGGUGUGAUUAGUAACUCUUCAGGAGUCAAACAAGAAUAUGAAUUGGAUGGACAUGUUGAAUCCAUAAGGAAAAGGUCUUUUUUAAAAAAUUUUGCUAAAAUAUGUAUAACAUAAAGUUUACCCUUUUAACCACUCUUAAGUAUAAAAUUCAGUUGCAUUAAGUACAUUCACAUUGUUUGUGCAACCAUCACUAACUAUCCAUUUCCAGAUCUUUUCCAUCUUCGCAAACUGAACUUCUGGGCUUGUUAAACAAUAAAUCGCCAUUCUUCCCUCCCCUCAGUCUCUGCUAACCACUAUUCUACUUUUUGUCUCUAUGAAUUUGUCUGUUCUAGGUACCUCAUAUAAGUGGACUCAUACAGUAUGUAUUGUCCUUUUGCAC